CUUACAACCGAAUCAAUCAUGAUUCCGGCGCACGGAUUAGCUGCUCUACUGUGCUUGUUACCGUACGUGGCGGUCAUCAGUGAAGCAGCCCUGACCUGCGAUCACUGCCUCGAUCAGGCCAACUGGAGUGACUGCGAGCGCAAUGCCACUCCGGCCGAGUGUGGCAUUCUGCUGGCCAAUGAUUUGCACUUGCGUCUGAGUUGGCUCAAUCCUAGUCUACCGGUGAUUCCACCACCGUGGAUGCCGCAUUACGUGUGCUAUAGCGUUGAGCUGGCGCUGACCUUUGUAGCAGGAUCGAGCCGGACGAUUAUCGAGAAGGGUUGCACCUACGACGAGGCACGCUUCUGCCAGGGUUGGGAUAGUGAUCUGGUGACGGUAGUGAAUUGUACUAUUUCCGAGACCGGGGUGGCACCCGUUGAUGACGGUGCGGUCGAUUUGAGUUCCGGUUCCGGUUCCAGUUGGGCAGCAACAAGCUGGAUGACGAUGGUGGUGUCGAUUGCAUUCUUUGUUUUAAUUUAUUAGGAUUUUGGAUUUGCUAACGAAAUAUCG